CAACACAAAACAUAAGAAAAUAUUUUACAACACUACAUUAUACUUUAGAACAAUACUUCCGAAAAAAAUGGCCAAGAUCAAAUCUUUAGAUGUUAUUACUAUCGCAAUAGUUUUAUUGUUGGUGAUUGCAGGUCAAGCAACUGCAAUUACUGUUCAAGCCGACUGUAUUGGACCGUGCAAUGACAAUUGUCAGCAGCUUUGCAAGUCGAAAGUUUGGGUUCGGAAACGCCGCCGUCACAAUCACACAAUUGGGGUAAACGAUAUGGAAGACAACGAUCAGAGCUUCGCUGCCGAAACCCUAGAUCCGGCAUUGCAGAAGAAGCACCAUGACAUGCUCGAGCGUCUCUCUGCUCGUCACCAAGCUCGAAAAUCAGAUUCACCUGACGCUUCCUCUUCGUCGUCCUCCUCCACUCUUGAAUCGACAUCCUCGUUUCUCGCUAAAUUCUCCGAUUCAAAGCGAUCCAUCGAGUCUCGGAUCGCUGAGUCACGACUCGUUUCCUCCUCUACGGAUUCGUCGAAGCUUAAAUCGGAUCUUGCUGAGAUCUCCGUAGCUAUUAACAAUCUGGAGAAGCUUCUCGCUGAGAACUCGUAUUUUCUUCCUUCCUACGAGGUUCGAUCCUCUCUGAAAAUUGUAUCCGAUCUCAAACAGAGUCUCGAUAUUCUCUCCGGCGAGUUAGUUCCGAAGAAGAAGUUCUCGUUCAAGAGCAAAUCAACGACCAAAAAGCCGGAAUCAAAACUCCCGGAGAUACAGAAAUCCGACGCCGUUUUACCUCCGAAACUCCUCUCCGUACGCGAUUCUCCGGGAUUGAGAAACAAACACGGAGUGACUCUGGUGAAAAGUUUCAAAGGCUCGUCGAUCGGAGAAUUCACAUUGUCGGAUCUUGAUUCAUGUCAAGUAAAAUUAACAGGAACUGUUAACGCUCUGUUCCUUCACCGAUUGAAGAAGUGUAAUGUGUACACAGGUCCAGUGAUUGGUUCGAUUCUGAUUGAUGACGUAGAGGAUUGUGUUCUUGUAUUGGCGUCGCAUCAGAUCAGAAUCCAUUGCGCUAGGAAGAGUGAUUUCUACCUGAGAGUGAGGAGUCGUCCCAUAAUUGAAGACAGUAAUGGUGUCAGAUUCGCUCCUUAUUGUUUGGAUUACCAAGGGAUUGAGGAAGAUUUGAAGACGGCGGGUUUGGAGGAGGAGACUAAGAAUUGGGCCAAUGUGGAUGAUUUCCGGUGGCUGAGAGCUGUACAGUCGCCUAAUUGGUCAGUUUUGCCGGAAGAAGAAAGGGUUUCUUUGGUUACCAUUUCCAGUGAAGGAGAUUCUUGAUCAAAAAUCAUCAGGUACUACCAAUUACCUCGAGCUUGAACAUUUAUAUGAGAGACAUCUUCAAAGAAGUAUUCUUUUAAACAAGCCUAUUUGUAUUCGAUUAUGAUUGUAUGUUCCCUUGAAUGUUGCUUCUUUACAUAUUUGCCUUUAUUUGUGAUCUUGGAGUUGGUUUCAUGUAAAACAUGGAGAUAAAUUUUGAUCUUGAGU